GGCCAAUCAGCGUCAACGUUUUGUCUCCUCCCACAGAGCGUGGCAAUGGACAGUAUGGCGGCUGUCUGGCUUACAGUGCAUUAGGACCAUUGUAACACUAUUCUUUUUCAGAGUUCCUCACUUAUAAGAUGUCCGCCUUGCUUUUUCUGAGAAGCUCUGUGCGGAGACUUCCUCUUGGGUUUCUCAGUCAGGGUGCCUGCUGCUGUUAUCACACCGAGAGAGGCGUUUAUGGCUAUCGGCCGAAGAAGACUCCCAGCGAGGACAAGUCCCUGAGCGACAGCAUCGCUACUUUAAACCAAGAUCAUGGUCUGGCCCGUCUGGUGGAGGCAUACCGGUCACAUGGACACAAGGCGGCCAAAAUUAACCCUUUACUGCCACAAAUGCCUGUUGCUGAUAGUGUACCGGAGAUCAGCAUGCUAUCGGACAGCCUCAGGGGACAGCUCAACACUUCAGGAUUACGGCAUUUCGGCAAGGCAGAGGCUUCAGUCGAGGAGGUGCAGGCCUACUUGGAGGAGGCCUACUGCGGCCACCUGUCGGUAGAGACCAGCCAGCUGAGCAGCCUGGAAGAGAAGGAAUGGUUUGCCGACCGUUUUGAGGAGCUGAAGAAGACCACUUUCUCCACAGAGGAGAGAAGGAAUCUUGCAAAGAUCAUGCUGGAGUCCCAGGAAUUUGACCACUUCCUAGCCACCAAAUUUUCUACAGUGAAACGGUACGGAGGAGAAGGAGCAGAGAGCAUGAUGGGCUUCUUCCACGAGCUUUUCCACCAGUUGGCGCAUAGCGGAGUCACUGAUAUCAUCAUCGGUAUGCCGCACAGAGGCCGACUCAACCUCCUGACGGGUCUGCUCAAGUUCCCCCCUGAACUGAUGUUCCGUAAAAUGCGUGGCUUGAGCGAGUUCCCUGACACGUCGCCGGCCAUCGGUGACGUCCUCUCCCACCUCACGUCCUCUGUGGAGUUGGACUUUGGAGCCGGGCACCCUCUUCAUGUGACCAUGCUGCCCAACCCUUCACACCUAGAGGCCAUCAACCCCGUGGCUCAGGGCAAGACGCGGGCCAGGCAGCAGCUUCGAAAAGAGGGAGACUACUCUCUUGAUGAGGACGCCCGGCCUGGGGACCAAGUGGUCUGCCUGCAGGUCCACGGUGACGGCUCUUUCACCGGGCAGGGGAUUGUUCCAGAAACUCUGACUCUGUCUAACCUCCCUCACUAUAGAGUAGGAGGUAGCAUCCACCUCAUUGUGAACAACCAAGUGGGAUAUACCACUCCAUCAGAGAGGGGGAGAUCCUCUUUGUACUGCAGUGAUGUUGGCAAGAUGGUGAACUGCGCUGUGAUCCAUGUAAACGGAGAUGACGCAGAGGAAGUCCUGCGGGCCAGUCGACUGGCUGUGGAAUACCAGCGGCGCUUCAGGAAAGACGUCAUCCUGGACCUCAUUUGCUACCGCCAGUGGGGCCACAAUGAACUGGACGAGCCUUUUUUCACCAACCCGGCCAUGUACAAGAUAAUCCGGUCCCGUAAAAGCGUCCCCGACUCCUACUCAGAGAAACUCAUCUCCGAGGGCUUGAUGACAGAGAGCGAGCACGACCAGAUGAAGUCCAAAUACUACAGCUCUCUCAAUGACAAGCUGGCCAACAUGACUCUCUACAGUCCGCCGCCCACCAACCUGCAGGGCCGCUGGGGGGAUCUGGUGGAGCCGCAGGCCCGGGUCACCAGUUGGGAUACUGGCGUCCCUGUCCCGCUGUUGCAGUAUGUUGGAGCCAAGUCUGUAGACAUCCCAGAGUACAUACAUUUGCACGGGCAUCUAGACAAGACCCAUGCACAGGCUCGACUGCAAAAGCUAGAAGAGGGUUCCAAACUAGACUGGUCUACAGCAGAGGCCUUGGCCUUUGGUUCGCUCCUUUGCCAAGGCUUUAACAUCCGCAUCAGUGGACAGGAUGUGGGUCGUGGUACCUUCAGUCAACGGCACGCCAUGGUGGUCUGCCAAGACAGCAAUGACAUGUUUAUUCCUCUAAAUCACAUCAGCCCUCAACAGAAGGGUCUCCUUGAGGUGUGUAACAGCCCGCUGUCCGAGGAGGCCGUGCUUGGGUUUGAGUACGGUAUGAGCAUCGCCCAGCCCAACCUGCUGCCCAUUUGGGAGGCUCAGUUUGGAGAUUUCUUUAAUGGUGCUCAGAUCAUCUUUGACACUUUUAUCUCAGGAGGUGAGGCCAAGUGGCUGCUCCAGUGCGGGAUGGUGAUCCUGCUACCUCACGGUUAUGACGGAGCCGGACCGGAACAUUCUUCGUGCCGCAUGGAGCGUUUUCUGCAGAUGUGCGACAGCAAGGAGGAGGGCGUUGAUGGUGACAACGUCAACAUGGCCGUAGUCAACCCCACCACCUCGGCCCAGUACUUCCACCUACUAAGGCGGCAGAUGAUCCGAAACUUCCGCAAACCUCUCAUCGUAGUCGGACCCAAGAUGCUGCUCAGGUUUUCGGGGGCUGCAUCCAGUCUGAGCGAAAUGGCACCAGGAACCUCUUUCAGACCAGUGUUGGGGGAUACGUCAGUCCCAGCAGAAAGUGUCCAGAAGGUGGUGCUGUGUUCAGGGAAACACUACUAUGCCUUGCUGAAGCAGAGGGAUGCUGCAGCUAAGCAAGACACGGCGUUAGUUCGCUUGGAGGAGCUCUGCCCUUUCCCUCUGGAUGCUCUACAGAUGGAACUCAAGAAGUACCCCAAUGCUAAAGAGUUCAUCUGGAGUCAGGAGGAGCCCCAGAACAUGGGCCCCUGGUCUUUUGUGGGCCCCAGGUUUGAGAAGCAGUUGGCCUGCAAGCUACGGUUAGUGAGCCGUCCUGCUCUGCCCGCCCCCGCCGUGGGUAUCGGCUCCCUCCAUCAUCAGCAGCAAGAGGCCCUUCUCGACGCCACCUUCUCUUAGGACCGAACCAGCUGUGACCUCCCCGCAGACACGAUUGGGAAAAACCAAGAUGUAACUUGAUUUUAAAACAUAAAUCAAGGUUUACUCCAUUGAAUCGUCACACCCUGCUAUAUGUUUAUAUAUGAAUUUGGUGCUAAGCAUCAUGAAUGAUGUCAAUGAAAAAAUUUCUGAGCUUUAUAGAAUUGUUACCACUGAGUGUAUUGAAUGUUUGGCCAUGUUAUGUAACGUUUAACAUGUCUUGACCCAGUGGAGAGGUACUUGAUUGUUUUAUUAUUUAACAGACCCUUGGAUAAUCAUGGUGUUAAAGGGCUAAUGCAGAUCCACACUAUCAGGGUAUUCAAAAUGAGGGCGAGAAUACAUCUAUCCUCAUCUUCACGACGCUGAUGAAUGCACCAAACAGCAUCGGUAUGCCAUCCAAAUUCUGUCUUUCUCAAAUAGAUUCUUUUGGUGAAAUUAAAUUUGGUAUUUUAACCUUUGAUUAAAAAACCUUUGCAUUUA